AUCUUGGCAGAGAUACAGGCCACACCAGAGCAGCCGCCACUGGUGGAGCAAUGGAGAUGCAGUCCUAUUACGAGAAGCUGUUGGGGGAACUGAAUGAACAGCGCAAGCGGGACUUUUUCUGUGACUGCAGCAUCAUUGUGGAAGGGCGGAUCUUCAAGGCCCACAGGAACAUUCUGUUCGCCAACAGCGGCUACUUCCGAGCCCUGCUCAUUCACUACAUUCAGGACAGCGGGCGGCCCAGCACGGCGUCCCUGGACAUUGUCACCUCCGACGCUUUCUCCACGAUCUUAGACUUCCUGUACUCUGGCAAGCUGGAUCUGUGCGGGGAGAACGUGAUCGAAGUGAUGUCGGCUGCCAGCUACCUGCAGAUGAAUGACGUGGUGAACUUCUGCAAGACGUACAUCAGGUCGUCUCUCGAUAUCUGCCGGAAGAUGGAGAAGGAGGUGGCGGUGGCAGCAGCGGCGGCCACGGGGGCUCAUCAGGGUGAUGGUGGAAGCCCCAGUUCAGGCAGGGAAGGGACCUCCUGCGAUGCCAAGAGCUUGGGCUCCUCCGCAGCCGAGGGAGAGGAGAGCGUGGGCUGUCUGAGAGAGUCCCCUUGCAGCGACUGCAGAGGCGGCCACCGGCUGGGACUGGUGGUGAAGGACAGCCAGGGCAGUGGCCCCGCUGACUGUGACCUCUCUAUUCUGCCCAAACAGAUAGAGCCCAAGGUGGAGUUUGAUGCAGACGAGGUGGAGGCAGAGGGCGGUGAGCCGCUGCCGCCCUAUGCUGCCCCGCUCGGCCUGGCCCACAUGGACGAGGCUCUGCCCGGUGGCCAGGCCAUGGACUUGGCUUACGGUAACUACCACGUGAAGCAGUUCCUGGAGGCACUCCUGCGCAACAGUGUGGUCCCCAGCAAAGACGAGCCAGACCAUCCCUUUUCUCGGAGUUUGGAGGGAAGACCGGAUGGUGCACCAGGAGCCGUUAGUUCCAUGAUGGAUGUCCACAUGGACUGGUAUGGGGAGGAUUCAGGUGACGUGCUGGUGGUCCCCAUCAAGCUUCACAAGUGUCCUUUCUGCCCUUACACCGCCAAACAGAAGGGCAUCCUUAAGCGGCACAUCCGCUCGCACACAGGUGAGCGGCCCUACCCCUGUGAGACCUGUGGCAAGAGGUUCACGCGACAGGAGCACCUGCGGAGUCACGCCCUGAGCGUGCACAGAUCCAACCGUCCGAUCAUCUGCAAGGGUUGCAGAAGAACCUUCACAAGUCACCUGUCCCAGGGACUGCGGCGCUUCGGGCUGUGUGACAGCUGCACCUGCGUUACCGACACACAUGACGAGGAUGACGAUCUGAUGCCCAUCAACCUUAGCCUGGUGGAGGCUUCGUCCGAAAGCCAAGAAAAGAGUGACCCGGACAAUGACUGGCCCAUCUAUGUGGAGUCUGGUGAGGAAAAUGACCCCGCCGGAGAGGAUUCUGAUGACAGACGGCGGAUUCGGUCCUGCUUGUCCGAUCGAGAGACACUUACGUAGCAGUCCGUUUCGGUGGGGAAGAGGUUUUAGAAUUUGUUUUUGCUCGUUCUGCAUUCGGAAGCUGCCAUCUGUCCAAUU